UGCACUCUCUAAAGCUAAUUACUUCCUUCCAUUACUUAUCCUAAAUCUACCUUUGGUUUCACUCAAGGAACACACAAGAUUCUAGCCUAAAAUCCUAACCAAGUUCAUUAAUAAGCCAGCAUUUUCCACCCAAAAUCCCAGGAAAAUGUCUGAGCAACAGCAGCCAGUUCAGGGUUUUCCUAAUGAUAUGCCUAUUCAGCCUAAAAAUACCCCAAUUACUCAAUCUUCUUCUCAUUCAAAUGGAUCAUUUGGCACAGUAUUCAUUAUUCUCGCUGUGGUUUUGGUUAUAUCUGUCCUUGCUUGCUUAAUUGGACGCAUUUGUAACAAAAAAAGCAAUGGUAGUCACUCACCAAAACAGAGAGAGGUUGAGCAGAGCCAUGACAUCCAUCCAAGAGAAGAUGACAUAGAAAAGAGAAUUGCAACUUCUAAAGUUGCUGCCUCAAAUGGAGAUUUCAUUCCAACGAGUACUAUGCCAUCUAACAAUGGACAUGAAGGUAAAGGAGGGGUGAGGUUUGCCGAAGAUCAUACGUAAUUCGCCAGAAAAGGUUAAUAAUUCAGAAAGGGAGUCCCUCUGUACAUCAACUAGUAGGCUUUUUUAUAUUUUUUCUUUUCUUCUCGUUUUACAGUAUUUGUUUUAACUUUUCUGCGGAUGCUCUGCCUGGUGGAUGUAAAUUGUAAUAUUUCCAGUUCAUCAACAAUUAGUAAAUCUGGAGGGCAGGUUAAAGAAAUGCUAGAGCUGUUUGCUUCCCUUCC